AUGUUGUCAUUGUGGAUUGGAGCCGUUUUACUUUGCGGAUACCUCGUCGCUCAUGGACUCUUUUCUCCCUUGUCCGCAAUUCCAGGACCGUGGUAUACCCGAUUCACCAGUAUUUGGAUCAAGUAUCAGGAAUUUACUGCAAAUCGACGUGAAUCAGUCCACCGUAUGCACAAGGUCUACGGUCCUGUAGUCCGUCUCAGUCCCAAUGAAAUCUCAUUCACUAGCCUAGAGGCAAUCAAAGAGAUCUAUGCUUCUAGUGGUAGUGGAUACGACAAGACCGAAUAUUAUGAUCUCUUCAGACAGUUCAAAAUCAACAAGAGAAAACGCUUGUUUGCCGAGAGAUAUGCCAUGACCAACAUCAUGAAGGAGAAGCCGAUAGCCGCAAUCGCCGAGAGGGCCUCGAUGUUUGUAUCGAAAUGUGCCAAGGCAGGAAGGCAAAGUGUUGAUGUAUAUGUACGGCAAUACUUGAAAUACCCGAAGUCAACCUACAUACUGACCACCCAUACACAGUCCCUGCUCCACUGCUAUGCAUUGGACUGUGUAACUCAUUUCAUGUUCAGUCCUGGUGGGCUCAAGUCCCUGGACAAUGCCAAAGACUAUGAGAUCAUGCACGAAUUGACAUAUCACCAAAGUCUCCAGAAAAAUCUGCUGGAAUAUUACCUUCCCGCGCUGGCACCGUAUUUCCCCAAAUUCCUGCACGCCCGGAGUGCCCCAAAGGCAAACCAAUACGUCCUCGACAUGGCAGCGCAAACCGAACUCGACAACCAUUCCCUCAUGGAAAAGCUCAAGCGGAAAGAAUCCUCUCUUGAGCUCAUCCAAGCUGCGGCAGAAUGCAAAGAUCACAUGGCGGCUGGUAUCGACACAACCGGCGACGGAUUGUGUUUCCUGAUGUGGGAGUUAUCACAGCCGCAGAAUCUUGGGUUCCAGCGCCGGCUUCAAGAAGAGUUGAGAGCAGCCCCGUCAGAUGCGCCUUUGGAUAGCUAUAUUUAUCUUGAUGCUGUGAUCAAGGAAGCACUGCGGUGCGCACCGCCUAUUCCGAUGUCGUUGCCUCGGUAUGUGCCUAAUGGUGGACGGAAAAUUGAUGGGUUUUUCAUUCCUGAGCAUACGAUCGUGAGCUGCCAGCCGUAUUCGGUGCACCGAGUUAAUGAACGGGUGUUCCCUGAGCCUGAUUGCUUUAACCCUGAUCGGUGGCUUUUGGAGGAAGGCGCAGCUGAGAGGAAUAGACUCUUCUUUUCCUUUGCGACUGGCGGCAGAGGAUGUACAGGCAAAAAUCUUGCCCUCGUUGAGAUGAAGAUGCUCCUGCGUGAAGUAUAUGCACGUUACUGGACAACGGUUGCAUCGGAUAUGACCGCUUCUAUGAAAUUGGAUGAUCAGAUCAUCUCUUCCAGGCCGGAGGGACAGAGCUGCAGGCUGGUAUUCAGUGAGAUUGCAUGA